AAGGACAGACACACAGAGAGGAGACGGACGGACAGCGAGAGCAACCCGAGGGCCAGGGGGGCGGGGAGGCGGAAGGAAGGUGCAUCUGACCCCAGGCCCAGCGGAUGCCGGGGGCUCCCCUGCCCUCCCUGGCUGGCAGUCCCUGCUGCUGUCUCACCACCUUUUGUCCUGCUGCCGCCCGGCCAGGUGGGGCGAGGAGAAGCCAUGUUCCUGAGCCCCGGCGAGGGGCCGGCGGCGGAGGGUGGGGGGCCGGGCCCGGGCGAGGAGGCCCCCAAGAAGAAGCACCGGAGGAACCGCACGACCUUCACCACGUACCAGCUGCACCAGCUGGAGAGGGCCUUCGAGGCCUCCCACUACCCAGACGUUUACAGCCGCGAGGAGCUGGCGGCCAAGGUGCACCUGCCCGAGGUGCGCGUGCAGGUGUGGUUCCAGAACCGCCGGGCUAAGUGGCGCCGCCAGGAGCGUCUGGAGUCAGGCUCCGGGGCUGUGGCAGCCCCAAGGCUCCCUGAGGCCCCAGGACUGCCGUUUGCCCGCCCCCCAGCCAUGCCACUGCCCCUUGAGCCCUGGCUGGGCCCCGGGCCCCCGGCUGUGCCAGGCCUCCCGCGCCUCCUGGGCCCGGGCCCAGGGCUGCAGUCACCCUUUGGGCCCCAUGCCUUUGGUCCAGCCUUCACGGAGGGCUUCCCCCUGGAGGAGGCAUCCUUGCGGCUGCUGGCCAAGGAGCACGCACAGGUUCUGGACAGGGCUUGGCCCCCAGCCUGAGUGGGGCCCACCCAGCCCUCUCUUCUCUGCCUGUCCGUGGCCACCCAUGCUGGAGCCCCCACCCCCAGCCGGCCCUGCAGGGAGACUGGCACCAUCUCAGGAACGAGAUGGCCUGGCCCGGGGCCUCGGCCUCCCCAUCUGCCAGACUGGCGUGGGGUGCACGGUGAGGCUCUGGGACAGUGAGGCCAUCGCAAGCUGCACUCCUGCACCCAUGUCCCCUGCCCGCGCUCGUCCUUCACAGCUGAGCCCCAGCCCUUGGGCCUCCUGCUCGCAGAGAAACCCCUGCUUUUACUCCGUGCGUCCACCGGGGCCCGUCGCUGCACCCCUCACACAGCUGCUUUGUGGGUGAGGAAACUGAGGCCCAGAGAGGCCAGGCUUGUCGACCAGCCUCCCCAGAACUCAGAUGGACCCCAGGACAAGGAGGCCAUGGAGGGCAAGGAACAGGAUGUGAUCAGGCUUGGGGCUGCCUAGCGUCAGCACGACAGGGGACCUCCCCAUGGGACGCGGCAGCAGGGGUCACGACGGAGGGGAGGGGCUCAAGGGCAGAAGCUGCAGGCGACCAGCGCCCUGUCUGAGCUUGGUCUGUGAAGGGACCACAGGCUCACUGCUGGGUCCUCACGCCAGCACAUACCCGCUGGGGUUCAAGCUGGUCUGCUCAGCUCAGCUCAGCUGGCAUCUCAUACAUAAGUCCCAUGGCCGCGCGUUCUUUGCUUUGUGGCAGCUGGGCCGCUCACCUGCCCAACCAGCCGCC